AAGCUUUCACUCGAGGGACGGCAAGCCGUGUAGGACAAAAUUCAUCUAAAAUAAAACGCGAAAGCUCUCCAGUGCUUAAUGUACUGAGAGGCAGGAAGGAUGGACUCAGCCGUACUCUUUUAAACCAGACCUGUACCUGGAGUUUUACAAGAAAGAACAAGAAAAUACAUUGCGUACAGGUCCGUCGUACUGCAGAAAAGGAUAAGAAGGACUUUAAUGAUAUUAUCUUUUUGUUUUCUAUGAUAUAAGUGUGUUGUUAGUGUGAAGCCGGAUUAUGGAGGCAUGGAAAAGUCACGUGCGAGCUGCACUGAUCCACAGAGACUGCUUACAGAAAGAUCCCUUCUCUGGACUCUUCACUAAAAUGUCUAGAUUAGAAGAAAUGUUAAAUCUCCAAAUGGGUGUAUGGGAGGAUUUGGAGAUAGACAGAAUACAGAGUCCAAAUACAAAUGGAGUAUUGCACUGCCCAGUUGAGGAGAAAAACCCCCUGAAACUCUAUCUGCAGCUCAAAGAGGAAGAACAAGUCAGGCAAAAGCUUGCCCAGAAAGUCUCAGACCUAACCAGCGACCUUUACCUGAAGGAAGCAGAGCUGCAGUACUGUCAUUCACAAGUAAGCCGCUACCGCACUGAAGCUGUUCUUUUGGCCAGAGGAGCGUGCUGUCUCAAAAAUGAUCUGUCCGAGUACGAGUAUAAAUUGGAGUGUCAGUCAAAGCAGUUGGCCACAUUGCAAUCAGAGCAGAGGUCACUGAGGGAGGAGCUGGCACUUGUACGUCAGGAGAAAGAGGAGCUGCUGGAACGCUGGUUGGAGGAGAAAAGAGAGGAGGCAGAACGAAUUAAUAAGCAUAAUGCUGCACUGGAAAAGUGGAACAGUUACGCUGGUCGACUGAACAGGCGUCUGUAUUCGGGGCCUCGUCGGCAAACACGGCCAACUACUAACAGCCGAGUUAUCCAAAGAGAUUCAGCUGAUCAACCGUCCACCAAGCAGGACUAAAUACUUCACUGAUUUACUUUUAA